CUGUGGGCUCGUCGCGCCCGCGCCGAGCCUGUUUUCUCCUCGCGGGUAGGGGUCGUGUCCGCGUCCGCGCAACCAUAUAUACCCAGACCCCAGUUUGGUUCAGCACACCAAAUACUCUCAACCUUUCACUCCCGUCGCACCAAAGGCAUCAACGAACUGCCAAGUUAGCUACACGCAGGAACGCACGAUGGCCUGCGCCUUCUUCUUCGACGCCGAGCCGGUCGGCGAGCCCGGCGUGCACGCCCUGGACGCGUGCGCGCUCUGCACCAAGCCGCUGGCGCGGGACAGCGACAUCUUCAUGUACAGAGGAGACACGCCCUUUUGCAGCGACGAGUGCCGCCAGGAGCAGAUGCAGCUCGACGCCGCCUGCGCCAGGCAGGCGGCCGCCCGGAGGCAGAAGCAGUUUUCUUCGGGAACGGAGUCCGGGCGCGCACGCCGGGAGUCAUGGGAGGUUUCCGUCGCGAGCUAACGGGUGUCAGUGCCAAGCUGCCUACGCACUUGAGUCAACAAGAUCUGCGUACACGGAGACGCCGUCGCCCGUGACCAACUGAUAAGCGCGGGAUCGACGAGACUCGCCCUGGUUGAAGAAGCAAGAGGCGGGUCGUCGGAGUUGCUCACGGCAGGCCGGCAUGCACGGGCCGCCGGUCAAGUGAUUUGGGCAUAAACGCAGCGGAAAGGGGCUGGACUGGAUCUGAGCAAGUCAAUCAAACAGGAUUCUCCACGGCCUUAGCCGGCCAUGCGUGCCCCUCGCCUCUCCUUUUUUUUCCUGCGUUAAUGUCAGUUCUGUAUGAGAGCGAAUUUGCAACGGCACUUGCACUGGGUUCGUGCAAUCCCGUUUCUGUUCAUGAUUCAGCGUGCGUGCUAAUGGGAUUUUACAAGCUAAA